CCCCCCUCUCUUUAUAUCUCUAAUAAUCCCUCUUUCUCUCUCCCCCCACCCAAAUACCUAAAUUUUCGGUCGUAUUGAAAUAACCCUACACCAAAAAAUUUGAUGAUAAUUACUUCUACAUUGCCAAUUUUCAGUUCCCAUCGCCAUGGAUAUUUCUCCCAAGCUUCUCUUCUCACUUCUCCUCUCCACUCUCAUCCUCCUCCACUCCUCUGCCUCAGGGGAAAUGCAAACCAUCCGUUGGAGUCGCAAACACACAACUGAGCACGACGCCACCUUCCCCACCACCACGCCCGCCAUCGUCACCGUCCCCUCCUCCACGCCGGUCACCGUCACCCCAACUAUUCCCGCCACCAACAACCCCACCGUCACUCCUCCUGCGGCGCCGGUGAUCAACCCGGUCGUCUCCCCUCCGCCAAUCACCGGAUCUCCGCCCACCACCACCACACCUCCUGCGGCUCCGGUGACCAAUACCCCGGCCGUGGAACCUCCGGCGACCACCGCCGGUGCGCAGAGAUGGUGCGUGGCGAAGAGCGGAGCGCCGGAAAAGAGCAUUCAGGCGGCGCUGGAUUACGCCUGCGGGAUCGGCGGGGCGGAUUGCUCCACAAUCCAGCAAGGCGCGAGCUGCUACAACCCUAACACGCUCCAAAACCACGCCUCCUACGCCUUCAACAGCUACUAUCAGCGGAAUCCCCUCCCCACCAGCUGCGAUUUCGGCGGCGCCGCCGCCCUCACCACUUCAAAUCCGAGCUCCGGUUCAUGCGUGUACGCAGCAUCGGCGACGACGGCGACGCCGGUGAGGACGCCCCCCGUUACUGUAUCUCCACCGACGACGACGGUUCCGCCGAUUAGCGUAUCUCCGCCGACAAUGGCGUCUCCGGUGACGGUGAAUCCUAAUCCGACGCCGACUACGACUACACCGCCAUCAUCAACCGGAGCAUCUCCGACACCGACGGGAUUAGGCAUACCUCCGAGCAUAUUGAAUUCGAGCAAUCCUGGUAUGGGAGGCGCGACGGCGGGGUUCGGAAUCGGAGAAGGAUCUCCGGUUGCCAACAUGACAACUGCUGUUUCAGGAUCGAGCGGGAUUGAGCCAUUUGUGGGGUGUAUUGUUGCGGUUGCAGCCAUUGUAGUGUUGGGGAUGUAGAAGAAGGCCGUUGCAGAUUGCUCUACAGUUUUGGGGUUUGCAGAAACCAGGCCGAGAGUUUGAACUGAUCAAUUGGAUGCUGCCACGUGUAAUUUUUUUACUAUCCUAUAUAUGAUAUUUAUGCAUAUGCAACAUUGAGAGAUUAGGAGUUGGUAAUCCAUUAAUGAUAGAACUAAACUCUACUAGUUUUGUGUAGAAAUAAUUAGUACUAGUACCUGUUAUCACUUCCCUCGGUUAUGAUGAAUCAUGAAUGCUCUGUUCUUACAA